AUGGCUACCCCCAGUGUUCUUACAUUUGACACUAAGGGCCGUGCUGUUGACUUUGAGGUCUGGGUCGAUGACCUCCAGCUGUUCCUCCAGUGCGAUAGGGCAGACGGCCUCUCCCAAUCCGACCUCACCUCUGGUGCCUCCCCUGCCCCGCCUGCUACCGCUGACAGCACUGUUCGCUCACAGUGGGCGACACGCGAUGCUGCUGCCCGUCUUGCUGUGCGUCGACACUUACCGACCACUGAGCGUGCACACUUUAGCCAGUACAAGAGUGCUCAGACCUUGUACGACGCUGUAGUUGCACGCUACUCUUCCCCUGCCACUGCUGCACCGAGCCGCCUCAUGCUACCGUACCUCUUCCCUGACCUUGCUGCCUUUCCCACAGUCGCUGACCUCAUUACGCACCUCCGCACUAGUGACACUCGCUACCGCGCUGCGCUUCCUGCUGAGUUCUACACCAAGAACCCCCCCCCCCCCAAGUACAUCACCCUCUACUACAUAGUCACCCAGCUCCCUGACUCUCUCCGCGUAGUCAGGGACCACUUCCUCUCAGUUUGCCCCACCACUCUCACCGUUGAACUCCUCGAGAAGGGCCUCCUAGCAGCAGAGAAGAGCAUAGUCGCUGUAGGAGCCUCUCGUGGUGAUCCUCGCACCCCCGUCUUUGAGGGGUGUUCCCCCUCUCCCCUCUUGCCCUCUAUUGCUUAUGCUGCUGCUGCCGACCUCGUUGGUUUCGAGUCGGUCGGCGCUGCGUCUGCCCCUAGCCGGAGACGCCGCACCGGCAAGGGCAAGGGGGGCAAGGGCGCUGGAGGGGCUGGCGGGGGCGGUGGAGGUGGUGGUGGAGGCAGUGGAGGGGGUGGGGGUGGUGGUGGGAGUGGUGGCGGGGGUGGCGGCGGCGGCGGCAGCAGUGGAGGCGGAGGAGGCGGCGGUGGUGGCGGAGGGAGCGGAGGCGGCGGAGGUGGUGGAGGAGGCGGAGGUGGAGGAGGCGGCGGAGGCGGCGGCGGUGGCGGCGGCGGUGGUGGAGCGCGUCGCGACUCUGCGCAGAGGAGUGGGUCAGGUGGUGGUCCGCACCAGCACCAGCGGAGUGGUGUGACCCUGUCCCCUCAGCAGCUUCGUGAGUGGUACGCUGCGCGUCAGCGCGGUGGGGGUACUGGUCCCUGCACUUACAUCCUCCGUACCGGCGACCGAGCAAGUGAGCAGUGCGGGGGCCCGCACUCCAACCAGCGCUGCUUCGGCCGCUUGACGGACGCUUGGCGUCACCAGUUCCCUGAGGCGUCAGAGAUCCCUCCCUGGGGAGAUCUGUCUAGGGCGGGGGUUGCCAUCUUUGAUCUUGACUAUGAUGCUAUCCUUGCUGCCAUGUAUUCUUUGACUACUAGUGUUGAGGGUGACUGUUACCUGUGUGUACCGCCUGACCCGGGCAUUGAGGCCACUGCUCUAGGUGCUGGUGAGGCUGCUGCUCUAGGUGCUAGUGCGUCUGCUGCCCUAGGUGCUAGUGCGUCCGCUGCCCCAGGUGCUGGUGAGUCUGCUCUCUUAGACCGCACCACUCUUACGCCGCUCAGUCGGCCGGUUGCAGUCUCCCUCGCGGACCCCUCUGGGGGUCCUGUCCUUGCUAGCUUCUCCAUUGUCUUACCGUGCCCGGCAGCCCCCUCUGGCACCCUGUCAGGUCUCUACCUCCCCUCGUUCUCUACGAACUUGGUGAGUGGAGCGGACCUACAGGAUAGAGGGGUUGACCAGUUCACUCCUGCGAGUUAG